AUGAGGUUCAUCAAAACAAUAGCCAUGCUGGCUGCUAUGGGUUCCGAUAUUGGAAUCGGUGCUGCGUCGGUGUUUAGGCCUACCAAACCACCAGCCGUUCCACUGGCCGUCAGGUCGCCAUAUCUGAAUGCCUGGCUACAGGGCGAAUCAGGAUGUGUGCUACCUGGCGAGUGGCCACGCUUCUGGACGGGAGAUAUCCAAGGAUGGCAAGGAUAUGUGGCAGUCGACGGCGUUGCCUAUAACUGGAUGGGGGGCGCCCCUGGCCCAGGCCCAGUCAACCAGCUAUCACUGGAGUACACCUCAACAAAAAGCAUCUUCACCUUUGAUGUGGCCCAAAAGAUCACCCUGACUGUCACUUUCCUCUCGCCCGUAUACCCUGACGACAUACAGCGGCAGUCUCUGCAGUUCUCAUACGUAACUGUCACGGCAAAAUCCUCUGAUGGGGCCUCGCACAAGGUCCAGGUUUACAUGGAUGUGUCUGGCGAAUGGGCUAGUGGUGACAAUUCCGAGAAGGUGCAGUGGGAAUUUGGCACCGAGAGUAAUCUUUACUAUCUCAAGUUCUGGCGCGAGAACCAGCACGAGUUCAAAGAAGCCAACGAAAUUGCAAGUUGGGGAAAUUGGUAUCUCAGUACCGGAUUCCAUGAAGGUUUGACGUGGCAAAUUGGUCAAGAUACCACCGUGCGGAACCAGUUUGCUGGCAACCUGACUCUCAGCAACUCCCAGGAGUCUGAAUUUCGCCCGGUCAGCGAGAACUGGCCUGUGUUUGCGUUCUCUCAUGAUUUGGGCGACAUCAAGGACGACGAGGUUGAAAGGAUCUUCACCCUCGGUCUUAUCCAGGAUAACGUCAUCCACUUUGCCAGACAAAACAACACCCUGGAGCCUGUCCGGGGACUGUGGAUGUCCUUUUACAACAACAGUGACAUGGAGGCUGUGGUCUCUUUCUACAACGACUACAGGCAUGCUGUAGAGACAAUGUCACUCCUAGACCAACGGAUUGAGAAGGAUUCGGUGGAGGCAGCUGGGCAGAACUACUCCCUUAUCACUACACUUGCUCUUCGCCAGACUUUCGGUGCUUUCCAAUACGCCGGAACGCCGGAGAAGCCAUAUAUUUUCCUCAAAGAAAUCAGCUCCAACAGUGACAUUCAGACAGUCGAUGUCAUAUUCCCGGCGUUCCCAAUAUUCGUUUACCUCAAUGCCACCUUGAGCAGAUAUCUCCUGGACCCUUUGUUCGAACACCAAGAAAGUGGUUCAUACCCCAACAAAUAUGCCGAGCAUGACUUGGGUACCUUCCCUGUGGCCAAAGGCUACCCCAACGGAGACGACGAGGCCAUGCCAUUGGAGGAAUGUGGUAACAUGAUCAUCAUGUCACUAGCAUAUGCUCAACGCACCGGCGAUACGGGGUACCUAACAGCCCACUACCCAAUUCUGGCACAGUGGGCUCAGUAUUUGAUCGAGGACUCGCUUGUUCCUGCCAACCAGUUGAGCACUGAUGACUUUGCUGGAACAUUAGCAAACCAGACCAACCUGGCCAUCAAGGGCAUCAUCGGCCUCAAGGCCAUGUCCCAGAUUGCCCAGCUCACCAAUAACACGGACGACUUCAAAGACAAGGCCGAGGACUAUCUUAUGACUUGGAAAGCGUAUGCCAUCAACUAUGACGCCAGUCCACCUCACACUACGCUAAGUUACGGAGACAAAGACAGCCAUGGAAUCCUCUACAACAUCUACGCAGACAGGCUGCUGGGCCUCCAGUUCGUCGACCAGUCUGUCUUUGACAUGCAGAGCGACUUUUACCUGACCGUGGCGAACGAGUACGCUGUCCCGCUUGAUACAAGACACACCUGGGCAAAGUCAGACUGGGAAAUGUUUGCGGCGGCGGUGGCUAAGAACGAGACCAAGGAGAUGUUUAUCGACAAGCUGGCGGAGUGGGUGGGGAAGACUACGACCAACAGGGCGAUGACGGACUUGUUUGAUUCGAUUACGGGUGAUUACCCGUCGGGAGGGCCGACGUUUGUGGCGAGACCGGUGAUGGGGGGGAUGUUUGCUUUGUUGGCUUUGCCAAAGGAGUAG